AUGGCUGCGGCAGUGACAGGUGAGGGUGCCCUUCGCAGGGCCUACACGCGCAGCAUGCCCGCAGUGCUGCGUCCUCUUCCACUACUGGAGGAGUCUAUGACGGAUGUGCAGCUGCAGUGGGAGGAAGUACUCGAAGAAAUAAUGGAGGACGAGGUUGCCACUUCCUCCGUGCAUGCCGCCGUGCAACGAGUGGAGAGGCUUGCAAGUCAGUUGAAGGCGAUUAAGCAGGAGUUGUUACCACAGAUGAAACAUUUUCCCCACCAUGAAGCAGCUUCGGAGCUGUCUUUUCUACAAUACUGUUCCCGGUCUGCGAGGGCGCAUGCCAUUGGAGAUCCUAGGACGCGUGACGUGGUCCAAGGGGAGCAGACUCGCGCCACUCGUCUGGCUGCGUGUGUUUGGGUUUGGAGCGUCUGCGUGGGGACAAUUCUAAACGACAUGGAAUUGAUUAGUAGUAGUUUGUCUUUUGCUGCGUCUACGGGCCUCCUUGACAACCUCACGGAGGAAGUACGCCACGCGGAAGCUAACGCCUUCUUUUUGGGUAAAAUAGCGUGUGAUGAACCCACUCUCUCAGAUGCAGACAUUUUGCUUGCCUGCCAACUGUUUUAUCAUUUGUUCACCGGAGAUGAUGCGGCCGCGGAGCUGGUGUUUUGUCGCGUUAUGUCGCUGCUCGAUGACUGUGAGGAGAGAGACGAUGGUAAAGAGUGCCGAGGGUGCAUGUUGAGCCGUCUGGCGCGCUUAGCAGAGUGGGUAGCAAGCGAGGACUAUGCAGCACUACAGGCCUUUAUGAAGCCCGACUUUCCCACAGGCGGGGAUGCCUCCUACUCGCUGCCGCCGCUCAUUUUCUUCUUUACACAAGUGAUGCUGGACAUGGUUGUUCACCGUCAGUUGCUGCAGAGAAGUUUUCAGAACGCUUGGCGACCCGUGAUUAAUGUGGACAAGCCUGUUAGAUGUAAUCUGAGAAGUGCCUCAUCAGGGGCAAGGAUGACGCCUUCCUGUGAUGCGUCGUGGCUUUCCACCGCGACAAAAAAACGCUUGAGGGCAUGUUCCAUGUUUCGUCGCGAGAGUUUGCCCCCGCGGGCCCCAUGGCCCGUUCCUGAGGCUUUAGUUGACAGCUGCUUCCGCAUGGAGUGGUAA